CUCUCUCUCUCUCUCACACUUGCUGCAGGCACUUGAUUGGAAGUUGGAAAUCAACAAAACUUAUCAAUCUCUCUUUCUCUCUGCGGCACCUCUUGUUAAAAAUUUGUUCUUUUCACCGAAACCCGUAAAGGGUCGUGAGCUAGCUUCUUCUCGAUCCAUGGUCCUGGUUUUUCUUCCUCUUGUUUUCAGCUUCUAUAUGCAAAAGGGGGGAGACCGAAUGAUGCAAAAUAUUUAUAAUGUAGUUACCUCACUAACCACCUAAGCAAUGAAAACAACCUUCUUCUCGUUUGGGUAUUCUGCGAAUUGGUGCAUUUGUUUAACCCUCUAGGCCCUGGUUGGAUCUGCAUUUGGGGUGCAAGAGUUUGGGCAAAAAGGUUGAACUUUGAUGGUUUUGAGAGGCUUCAAGUGUGAGCCACAUGAAGAACUUGAAGUGGCACAAGCAAAUUUCCAACAGUGGCAACAAGUUGGGGAGAAGGCUUUCGCUUGGGGAGUAUAACCGUGCAGUGUCAUGGUCUAAGUAUUUGGUGUCACCAGGGGCUGAGAUAAAGGGUGAAGGAGAAGAGGAAUGGAGUGCAGAUAUGUCUCAGUUGCUCAUUGGAUCCAAAUUUGCCUCUGGAAGGCACAGCAGAAUCUAUAGAGGGGUUUACAAGCAGAAGGAUGUGGCAAUUAAGCUGAUUAGUCAACCUGAGGAGGAUGAGGACUUGGCUGCUUUUCUUGAGAAGCAAUUCGCUUCUGAGGUGUCCUUGCUCCUCAGAUUAGGCCACCCAAAUAUCAUUACUUUUAUUGCUGCUUGCAAGAAACCUCCUGUGUUUUGCAUAAUUACUGAAUAUUUGGCUGGAGGUUCUCUGGGAAAAUUCCUGCAUCACCAACAACCAAAUAUACUUCCACUCAAACUUGUUCUGAAGUUAGCCCUCGACAUUGCGCGGGGGAUGAAAUAUCUUCAUUCUCAAGGGAUUCUUCAUAGGGAUCUCAAAUCAGAGAAUCUUCUUCUGGGGGAAGAUAUGUGUGUAAAAGUAGCAGAUUUUGGUAUCUCAUGCUUAGAAUCUCAGUGUGGCAGUGCAAAAGGAUUCACCGGAACUUACCGUUGGAUGGCGCCCGAAAUGAUCAAAGAAAAGCAUCAUACCAAGAAAGUAGAUGUGUAUAGUUUUGGCAUAGUUCUGUGGGAGCUUUUGACAGGAAAGACUCCAUUCGACAACAUGACACCAGAGCAGGCAGCAUAUGCAGUUUCGCACAAGAAUGCAAGACCUCCAUUGCCUUCUAAGUGUCCAUGGGCAUUUAGUGAUCUCAUCAAUAGAUGCUGGUCAAGCAACCCGGAUAAAAGGCCUCAUUUUGAUGAGAUAGUGUCCAUUUUGGAGUACUACACCGAAUCACUUCAGCAGGAUCCAGAGUUUUUCUCAACUUACAAACCGAGUCCUACUAGUAGUAACACAAUUCUGGGGUGCCUCCCCAAAUGCAAUGCUCGCCAUAAAUUUGGUGCUUGCAAAGUUUAGCAAUAGAUAUGCUACUUGUCAAGCAAUAGAUGCAUGCUUCUUAGUUGUGUGACUUGAAGAAUUGUAUUAUAUUCGAUCCCAUGGGAAGAAAAGUUUGUUUAAUUUAACGAAUACAAUUAUUCUCUUCCGUUUUAAUGAGCUCUUUUGAGUAAGAAGAGGCUAAAAGUAUGUGUUCCUUCAGUCAAUUAUUUUGAUUGCUAUCGGUAAGGAUAUAAAUUAUUAAUUGCCAAAUGUAUCUUCUAUUUUUACCAUGAA